ACGAGACAUCUCCCAGUUCAAGCUUAAUAUUCACAAUGGGAAAUAAGCCUGCCUUCUGGUGAGACAGACAUGCCCUGUCUGCAGCCAGGCCUGGUUCCCAUGCUUCUGUGGCUAUUGCUGCUGAUCCUGGCUCCUGGAAGAGAACAAGCAAAAGUACCACCAAAAGCUGCACUUCUGCUCAAUCCUCCAUGGUCCACAGUCUUCAAAGGAGAAACGAUGACUCUCACGUGUGUGAAUUACCAUUGGGCAUCCCAGGGGGACACAUUUUGGUAUUGUGACGAGGAAUUUUUAAAAAUAACAUCUAAAAAGAUAACAAUUAAAACAUCUGGUUAUUACCAAUGCAAGACCCAAGGAUCCUCCCUCAGUGACCCUGUACAUGUGGAAUUUUCAUCUGACUGGCUGAUCCUCCAGGCGCCACACCCUAUCUUUGAAGGAGAUAAUAUAGUUCUGAGAUGCCAAGGAAAGGAAAAGGACAUAUCUAAAAAGACUUACUACAAAGAUGGAAAACAACUUCAUGAUGGUGAUAACUUAGACUUCAUUAGACUAAAUUCAGUCUCCAGAGAUGAUGGCAAAUAUCAUUGUACUGCUUCUAUGGAUUCUUUUUGGAAUUUUUUCAGUGAAAAAAUUUCAAAACCCCUAAGGAUCCAAGUUCAAGAACUCUUUACACAUCCUGUGCUGAUAGCCAGUCCCUCCCACCCCACUGAGGGAAGCCCAUUGACCCUGACCUGUGAGACCCAGCUCCCUUUUCAGAAGUCACAUGUCCAGCUCCAAUUCUGCUUCUUCAGAGAUGACCAUACCCUGGGGUCAGGCUGGAGCAGCUCCCCAGAGCUCCAGGUCCCCACCAUGUGGAGAGAAGACGAAGGGUUCUACUGGUGUGAGGCAAAGGCAGUGACUCACAACAUCGCAAAAAGGAGCCUGACAUCCCAUAUACGUGUGCAGAGAGUCCCUGUAUCUGAUGUGAAUCUAGAAAUCCAGCCUCCAGGGGGACAGCUGAUUGAAGGAGAAAAUCUUGUCCUCAUCUGUUCAGUUGCCAAGGGCACAGGAACUGUCACAUUCUCCUGGCACAAAGAAGGUGCAAAAAGUCUGGGCAGAAAAACCCAACAUUCCCUGUUGGCGGAGCUGCAGGUGCCUGCUGUGAAGGAGCAGGAUACUGGGAGGUACUACUGUGCGGCUGACAACAAUCAUGUCCCCAUCCUCAGCAGGCGGAUUAUAGUCACUGUGAGAAGUCCUGUAUCCCAACCUGUCCUUACCCUCAGGGCUCCCAAGACCCAGGUUGUGGUGGGGGACAUGGUGGAACUUCACUGUGAGACCCUGAGGGGAUCUCCCCCAAUCCUGUACCGGUUUUAUCGUGAGGAUGUCACCCUGGGGAACACCUCAGCUCCCUCUGGAGGAGGAGCAUCCUUCAACCUCUCCCUGACUGCAGAUCAUUCUGGAAACUAUUUCUGUGAGGCUGACAAUGGCCUGGGGGCCCAGCGUAGUCACGGAGUGAGUCUCUACAUCAUAGUCCCAGUGUCCCACCCUGUCCUCACAUUCAGGGUUCCUAGGACCCAGGCUGUGGUUGGGGACAUGGUGGAGCUUCACUGUGAGGCCCUGAGGGGGUCUCCCCCAAUCCUCUACCAGUUUUAUCAUGAGGACGUCACCCUGGGGAACAUCUCAGCCCCCUAUGGAGGAGGAGCAUCCUUCCACCUCUCCCUGACUGCAGAACAUUCUGGAAACUACUCCUGUGAGGCUAACAAUGGCCUGGGGGCCCAGCGUAGUGAAACGAUGACACUCAACAUCACAGGGAAUUUCAGGAACAGAACUGUUCUGAUGACCACAGGAGUCACUGGGGGGUUGCUUGUCAUCCUUGUCUUUGCUGCUACUUGGCUGUAUUGCAUCAAGACCCAGAAGAAAUCAGAAGGACCUUCUGUCAUGGGGACACCUAGUUACAGUCCCACUGAAUGUCAGGAGCCUUCCUCAUCCAGACGCUUCAGCAUUGACCCCCAGGAACCCACCCACUCUGAGCAAUCAGUACAUUUGCAGCUGCAGCCAGUAUACAGCAAUGUAAAUCCUGGAGAAAGCAACCUGAUUUAUUCCCAGAUCAGGAGCAUCCAGAAUACAACAGGAAUUUCAGAGAAUUCACCAAGGAUGCAUAAGAACAAUAAGGAACCUGCAGUCAUUUAUUCAGAAUUGAAGAAAACACACCCAGAAGACUUGGCAGGACAGUCCAGCAGAAGAGGCAGUGCUUUUGAAGAUGUUACAGAGAACUAUGAGAAUGUCCCAUGGACUCCAGCAGCCUCAGACCACUAG